AUGGGUAAAUUCUUCAAUAAAAGGAGAUUUCAUCUUUCUUCCCCUGCUAAUCUGAUGCAUUUCUCUACUUCUACUUCUAAUAAUUCUUCGAAGAAUGCGAAUUUUGCAUCGACAUCUCCGAGUUCGUCUUCUUCGUCGCCGUGUGGGUCGUCGAUGAAUGGAGGGCUUUUUUCUCCGCAGUUGAAGAAGAGGCUCACCAGGCAGCGUAAACUCCGCCACCUGACAAUGGAGGACUUUUGUGCACCGGAGGAAGAUGAUGCUAGUACUAGGUCAAAAUCGUUGCCAGUUUCCCCAACUUCCAAGUCAAAGUCACCACAUAAGUUGCAGCAACACUGGUCCUUGUCCGCCGUACCCCAACCAUUGCCGCUUCCAAAUGAUGAAUUGCGGUUUCCGGCGGAAGCUAAUAGCAGAGGAGAUGGACGUUGCAGAUCUGAUAGAAUUCCGACGAACAGUAACAGUCGUGAUGUUCCGGCUAGGAGUGCCCCUACCACCACCUCCACGAGCCCUACACUCAGCCCCAAAAGGUUUAGCACCGUCGAUAUAUUCGAUUCUGCGUUUGCGUUUCCUCGAGAAUUUAAUUUUUCUCCGCCAUCAACAAGACGAUCGCAACUCCACAGUCCGCCAUUACAGAGUCCUUACCGGAAUCCGUCAGUCCAUUUACUUAACAACAAAUCUUUGCCGGAAACUUCCAUGGCAAGGACAGAAAGCAACAACGUUAAUGUUCAUCCACUUCCCCGGCCUCCCGCACCUCCGAGACAUGUGUCUAGUCGUCAAUCAGAUGGGCAAUCGAUAAAAGGACAAUGGCAGAAAGGGAAACUCCUUGGUCGUGGAACUUAUGGUAGCGUAUAUGAAGCAAUCAAUCGUGAAACUGGAAGUUUAUGCGCAAUGAAAGAAGUCGACAUCAUUCCAGACGACACCAAAUCAUCUGAAUGUAUACGUCAAUUAGAGCAGGAAAUAAGAGUUCUACGAACCUUAGAACAUCCAAACAUCGUACAGUAUCUGGGUUCUGAAAUCAUUGAGAAUCGAUUUUGCAUAUAUUUGGAGUAUGUUCACCCUGGCGCCAUUAAUAAAUAUGUGAAAGAACACUGUGGAGCUUUAACAGAAUCUGUAGUUAGAAAUUUCACACGUCAUAUUCUCUCAGGAUUGGCUUACUUACACAGCAAGAAAACAGUUCACAGGGAUAUUAAAGGAGCAAAUUUGCUCGUUGAUGCAUCCGGGGUAGUGAAGCUAGCAGACUUUGGAUUGGCAAAACAUCUUUCUGCUCAUUCAAAUGAUCUUUCCUUAAAGGGUAGUCCACACUGGAUGGCUCCAGAGGUUUUGCAAGCUGUUCUUAGAAAAGAUGCAAAUAUGGAAGACACGUGUACCAUGGACAUUUGGAGCUUGGGGUGUACGAUAAUUGAAAUGGUCACCGGAAAACCUCCUUGGAAUGAGUUCAAUGCAGGGCAAGCGAUGUUCAACAUGUUAAGAAGAUCACCACCAAUACCUGAAUCUUUAUCAUCAGAAGGAAAAGAUUUUUUGAGUCGAUGUUUGAAAAGGAAUCCUGAAAAUCGCUCAUCAGCUGCUUUGUUGCUUGAACAUCCUUUUGUGCGGAACUCAUUUGAUCCAAAUUUUUCACUCUGCAAACAAGCAUUUUCUCGUUUGAGAUUGAAUGAAAUAUCAUUUAAUCCAAAAGAAUCACAUGCACGCCACAAAGAUAUAAUGCAACCCUCGCAUAGAAGAGCCCGGAAACAUCCACAAGAGAAUUCACCAUCCACCCGCCAGUCUCCAAGGUCAACCCUUGAAGUUCUUCCAACUGUAUCUUUUCAUGAGCAUUGGGGCACUUCACAAAUCCUCAAUGGUGGUCGCGGGACAUAUUCUCUUCCAACCACCCCUAACAGGGAGUUGUCAUAGUCUAGUUGUAUCUGGUGUUUUUUUACUGGUUGAUUAACAAAUUAGAAAUUAAAUUCAUUGUUAUAUCUUCACAUGCUUUUAUUUUAAUAGCAUUGUUACAAUGUAUAUUGUAUAUAUAUGAUUCUAUAAAUUUAUUUUUAUGUAAAAUUGUUGUACCAAAUAGUAUGACUUUUGUUGUAUUGUG